AUGUCACCUGCUGGGAUCUACGAAUAUACAGAGACCUCGAAUGAUCUCCGACAAAGGCAAGCAGCUCCUCGACAAGAGGAACAAUGGUCAAUAUUCGAUCCAGCCAGUCUCAACUCACUCAAUCCUCUUGAUGCACCCGCCGCUCCCUGGUUCCAAGAAGAAUACAUCAAUCCACAGUACACCGACACUCCGUUCAGCGCCACUGGUCCUCGGACAUCAAUGCACACAGCACAGCUGGCAGCACACCAAGAAGUCUACAGCCAACCUACCUCCUUCGAUUUCACGUCAGCCCAAGAACAAACUUUGCAGGAUCGCCACGCGCUAUCGACGGACGCAACACUGCGUCACCCUCAAGCAGCCGUCACACCUCGUAAGGAGGUUAUCAAAUGCCACUGGAGAGGCUGUCAGUACACUGGAACUUUUGGGCGCAAAAAAGACCUAUUACGCCAUCUUGAAACGCAACACGUUUCCCCCAUGGCGUACAAAUGCUCGUUUCCUGGGUGUACGAGAGAGUAUAACAGGGACGAUAAUCUGCAGGGACACUUGCGGAGAGACCAUGGGCUCAAUGGACUGUCGCGGUGA